UAAUAUUUUUUGUGUUGACCAAUACAUAGAUGAGCGAAGGUUGUGUCCUUUUUGUCUCUUUCAUCUUAUCCUACUCAUCUCUCUGUCACUCUCUCAUAUCUGCACGCGCCACAGCACAAAAACAGGAAGAAGAAGAAGAAAGUCUGUACUAUUAUUAGUGGGAGCAUUUUUUCUGUACUCUUUCAAGUGGACGAUUGUUUCCAUUUGAUUUGUUUGUGGUUAUGGCUUUCUUGUGGGGUCACUCUUCGUUUUGCACUAUCAAAGGUUGCUUUCUGCUUCAGUGCUGUCGUGUGUAGCACAGGGGUUUUAUCAGGGUUUGUUUUUGAUUACAUUAUUGUACCUUGUUUCCUUAAAGAAAGAGUUUUUGGGAUUCUUUUGUGUCUCAAUGAGUGCUUUUUCUGGAUGAAAAAUAUGGUUUUUUUAGGUUCUUGGUAAGAGAAUGUGAAUUGCAGAGUUUUUAGGAAGUAAAUGGUUUUCAAAAAUUGUUUUAUUUGGUAACGAGGUGGAAGGUUUUUUGGCUGUUAAACAAUGUUCAGAGAAGUUCAUUUUUGAGGAAGUUGUUUUUGUCUUUUUGGUUUUUUGUGUUGGAAAGCGUUGCAAAAAUGAGUGAUUCUUCGGUGAAGAAUUUGGCUAUUACAGAUAAGGUUCAAAAACCUGGUGGUUGUGUUGGAAUUUUCUUUCAGCUUAUUGAUUGGAAGAAGAAACUUGUCAAGAAAAAGCUCUUCUCCAAGAAGCUUCUUACUCCUGCUCGGGCGAAAAAGUUUAGAGGAGAUGAAAAAAUGCCAAAUUCCAAACUUCACUUGAUUGCAAAUGAGAAUAGUGGAGGUUUCCCAAAAGGUGGGAGUCAUGGUGUAGAUGUGGAUCAAAAGAGUGAAAUGAGGGUUCCGAGUUUGGUAGCUAGGUUAAUGGGUCUAGAUUCUAUUCCGGCUGCUCAGCGAGAUAAAUCGAAGAAAGCUUUGUGUCCUGAUUAUAGUUGCGGCGAUGAGAAAGAGUGUUUGAGUCAUCAUUGUGAGUUGGAUAGGCAAGGUAAGGAUUUGGAAAUGAGAGUUGUGAAGCAUGAUUCGAGACCUCAGAAGCUUCAGAAAACUGGAGUGUGUGAGAGAAAUGCAGUGACUAGGUUUGGAGCGGAGGCUCUUCAUAUUAAGAGUGUUUUGUCGCGAGCGAAAAAGUAUAACCAACAUCAUAAUCAUCAUCACCCGAAGCUUGCUUCUCCUUUGAAAAGUCCUAGGGUUAAUUCCGGAAAAGGUGCUUCUCGAGGCUCAAGAUUAAUGGGAGCGGCUGCUAAGAUUUUGGAACCUGGACUGCACGCGAGUAGAGCUAAAGGCUCUAUUAUGUAUCAUGCGUCCACAUGUCCUCUUAAGACCGGCAUUGGAACGGAUGGUGUGGGAAAUAAGUCACCGGUUAUGCAAAAUCAAUCUUGUUAUGGCUCCAGCACGGCCAAACCUUUAACAGGGCAGUCUUCUUGCAAAAAUUGUGGCAAUUUGCUUGAUGUAAUUGAUUGCACUGUGGAAGUUAGGGGAUCACCAGAUGUUCCUCCGCCGACUGUUUCUGACGUGGAAAUCAACGCUACCUCUAUGGUGUCGUCGGUUAAGAAGGCAAAGUCUUUCACUCCCUCUCAAGGACAAGGAAGAGAUAUCGUUCUUCCGAGAAGUCAGGGAAAGUUCUCAUCUUCUGUUUCUGAUGAAGAGGGGAAGAAUUAUGCACAGCGCUCAUGGAGUGAACCGACUACCAUAAGAAUUCCAAUGCCCCGCGAAGGUCCGGCUAAAUGUAGUUCAUCAUGCCAACCAGUAAGGGCUCAAGAGGAUGAUGCAUCUUCUUUUGCCUAUAAACAUAAAACACAAGAAUCAAAAUUAAGUAGCGAGGGCUCUUCAACUGGAUCCACAUCGAGUAGUACGCAAGUAAAAAGAGUAUCAUCGUAUGCGAGCACUACAAGUGGGACUAAAGACUUUGUUGCUUUGAAUAGAAGUGUAAGUGGUCGAACGAGGAUGAGGUCGCCUACUAAAGUUGAUAGUUCCAAAUUUGACUUAGAGAAAAAACCUUGUUAUAGACAACAACACGAGUCCUCGUCUCAUGUAAGGACAUUGGAGAGGAAAAGAAGGACCCUGAAUGUCACACAACUCGAAGGCACGACUCCUGCUAGUUCAGCUGGUUUGAAACAAAGAAAUCUUCGCCGUGAUGCAAUUGGUGGAAAAAGGAGGGACUUUGACUCGUCCUCGUCGAACAGUCCCAAUGUAAAAAAUAAAGGACGCGGUAAAGAGGAACCGGUUAAGGUGAGCCACAAUAGGAACAAUGAUGCAGUUUCAUUCACGUUUAGUUCCCAUUUGAAGCAAAAGACGGGAAUGCCCGUAGAGGUGGAAGCGACAAACAUUAAUGAUGACAGGAAUAAAUACUUCCAAAGACCUCCACCGUUGAAAGUUGACGAUUUAAGUGGUUUUCUAGAACAAAAGUUGAAGGAACUAACCUCUCGAAAAAACGAGUUGGCUACAAAUGGUCUAACUCAAAAAUCAAGUGCUGCGAUUCUUCAAGAGCUGAUAUCUGCUCUAAGUUCAGAACAUUUGAACCAUCAUGACGGUCAUAUGCAUAAUGAAGAUGUUAGUUUCCCUUGUGGAACCAAACAAGAAAGAUUGUUAGGAACCUCUUGCAAUGAUAAUCAUCUCAGUCCUGGAUCUGUUUUAGAAGCUUCAUUUUCUUCUAGUAGUCUCGACGAAAGCUCAGGACGUGGUUUUCACCCCGAUUCCGUGAAUUUCUCGUAUAGCCAGACGGAACAAAUGGAACACGAUGAUGAACUUUUGGAUUCUGCAGCGUCUUUUAAUAAAGGAAGUAUAAGCAAGAUACUAGUUGAUAUUGUCAACCAAAUUCCUACGGUAUUGCAAUGUUUAUAUUCGUUCGGGACACAAUUCACAAGAAGCAAGCUCAAUAAUAUGAAGAGAGUUCUCUUGAAUUCUGAAUUGGUGCUUCGGAUUGCAAAUGAGCAUAGCGAGGAAGAAGUGCCGGCACAGCUUCUAAUUUAUCGGUUUCUUCGUAACGAAUUGGACGCGAUGUUGACUGAUUUUAAUGGUUUUGUUGGCUGUGAGGAUUUGAAACCAAGGAAGAUGCUCAAUGGAUUUAUCUUGGAUUGUGUUAUGGAAUAUCUAGAAUCAAAUUGUUGCCAAUAUUUUCACUCGGGAUUCAAUGCAUGGACGAAGCUGCCGUUAUGCAUUAAAGCCGAGACGUUGGCUCAAGAGGUCACGAGAGAGGCGAAUAAGUGUACGCGUAUGGUUGGGAUGGUACCCGAUGAAAUAAUCGAAUGGGAGAUGAGUCAUUCUCUCGGGAAAUGGAAUGACUUUGAUAUUGAAGCAUUUGAGGCCGGUGUUGAUUUAGACGGAGACAUACUUCAUAAUUUGGUUGGCGAAGUUGUUGAAGAGUAUGUAGGUUGCAAGCAUAGUUAUUACUCCUUUUGAAAUUCCACUCAGUUGGUCAUCAUGCAACAUCUUGGUAUUCAUGUUCUGUUUUGGUCUGAUAAUGAUGGUGUAUUUUUUGUACAAAUGGAUUAUGGUAGUAUCUCUAAUGGAGGCUUUUUUAGGCCUACUUGAAUCUUAGACAAAGAAAGUCCUGUGACAAUGUUGUUGUUUUAAUAAUAUUAUUAUGUUUUUGGUUUUAA